AUGACCCGAUUCAAUAACACAAACACUUUCCAUCACAACAAUGGCUUUGUUUUGGUAGGGUUCUCUGAAUGGCCCAAAUUAGAAAUGAUUUUUCUUGGGAUCAUCUCUUUGUUCUACAUCAUGACCCUCCUUGGGAAUUUAGCCAUCAUUAUCCUGUGCUGCCUUAUUCCCAGACUCCACACCCCGAUGUAUUUCUUUCUGUCUCAUCUCUCCUUUCUGGACCUGUGCUAUACCACUUCCACUGUUCCCCAGAUGCUGAUGCAUAUACAAAGCCACGGGAGAAAUAUCAGCUACAUUGGGUGUGUAGCUCAGCUCUUCAUCUUCCUGGCUCUAGGAUCUACUGAAUGUGUCCUUCUCUCAGUGAUGGCCUUUGAUCGGUAUGUAGCGGUCUGUCAGCCACUCCGCUACAUGGUUGUCAUGCAUUCUCCGCGAUGUUCGCACUUCGCAGCAGUGGCUUGGACAGCAGGUUUCAGCAACUCCUUGGUUCAGACUGUGUUGACUUUCAUGCUCCCUCGCUGUGGCCAGCAUCGCAUUGAGAAUUUCUUCUGUGAGGUUCCUUCCAUGCUUCAGUUAUCCUGUGUUGAUACGUGGGUUAAUGAGGUGGAAAUGUAUGCAGCCGUGGUGGUCAUAAAAGUGAUCCCAGCUGGAUUGAUUUUUUUCUCUUAUGUCAACAUUGUCAGAGCAGUGGUAAGGAUUCAGUCUUCUGAAGGUCGAAAGAAGGCCUUCAACACCUGUGGGUCUCAUCUUCUGGUGGUUGUCAUGUUCUAUGGUUCUGCCAUUAGCAGUUAUGCAUACAUGGCACCCAAGAGCAACUCGGCCAAAUUGAAAGGGAAGCUUCUUGCACUCUUCUAUGGACUCAUAACUCCAAUGCUUAACCCCCUAAUCUAUACCUUGAGGAACAAAGAUGUAAAAGGAGCAGUAAAGAAGCUACUAGGAAAGUAA